CUGGACUGUUUGCAUCCGCACGCGGGCUGGAGUAAUACAAUAAAAACGCAAUAUUCAUAGAGGGUCGAGCCAAUGGCAUUAGCGGCGGUGAUUCGCAUCCAACAAGCACUCGCUGUCAUCGCCUCUCUCUUGCUGACGGGAUACCUCUUCCCGAACCAGGCUAUCGUUAAUGAUUCCGAUGAGUAUGAUUUCAUAAUAGUUGGUGGUGGGUCGGCCGGAAGCGUGAUCGCCGACAGACUGUCUGAAUGUCCGCAGUACAAGGUGCUGGUGAUCGAAGCCGGAGAUGACCCACCUAUUGAAUCAGUCGUACCGAGCAUAUUUGCGUUCUUACCGAGGACAAAAUGCGAUUGGAACUACACGUCGGUUAACGACAAUCGUACAGCACAGACUCAUGCGAGUAAAUCAUUGAAUCUUACCUCUGGACAUGUUCUCGGUGGCGGCAGCAGUAUGAAUUAUAUGUUUUACGUGCGUGGUUGCCAGAACGAUUACGAUUCCUGGGCGAGGUCGGUGAAUGAUUCGUCUUGGAGGUACAGCGAAGUUCACCCAUUUUUUAUUAAAAGUGAAAGACUAGAAAAUAAAGAAAUCCUUAAUUCUCAAUACAGAGAUUAUCACGGCGUAAACGGUUUCUUAGGAGUCACAAGAGGAGAGGAUCGAGACGAAACCCGCAAAUAUUUAGAUGCGUUUAAAGAAUUAGGUCACCGUGUGCUCUUAGAUAUCAAUGGUAACAGCACAUUAGGUUACACGAUACCGCUAUUUACCAUUGCCAAUAAUAUGAGACAAACCACCGCUCUCACAAACUUAGGCAGAAACAAGCAUCGGCCGAAUCUUCAUGUCCUAAAAAAAACCUUAGUAACAAAAAUAUUAUUCGAUGAGAAUAACAAUGCGAUUGGCGUCAAUGCAUUAACGGAGGGCGAUGAGCUGAUAGCUAUCACAGCAAACAGGGAAGUUAUAAUAUCAGCGGGAGCAAUUAAUACUCCGAAACUCCUUAUGCUCUCUGGCAUUGGUCCGAAAAACCAUUUACAAUCUCUAAAUAUUCAAGUAAGAAGCGAUUUACCAGUCGGUAUGAACUACCAAGACCAUCCUAUUAUUUUCGCUGCAAUUAAAAUGGAAGAGUCGCAAACGCGACCACCACCAAGUGAUCCUCACAAACCCUCGCCCUCCUUCAUCGGCUACGUCGCACUGAAUGACUCGAGUACGUGUCCCGAUUACCAAGCUGUUCAUUUUAUUUUUCCAAGUAACUCCGAAUUACCGUAUCAACUUUGCAUAUUUAAUUUCGGUUUUGAUGAAACUGUUUGUAGGAAUUUGAUAAAAGCCAGUAACAACCGUAACAUAUUAUUAGCAAACUUAAGCAUACUACGUCCCAAGUCUCGAGGCAGGGUCUUGUUACGGAGUACACAUCCAAAGGACCCUCCACUGGUGCACGCUGAAAUAUUUUCAGAUGAAACAGAUUUAACAGAUUUGACGGAUUACUUAGAAGAUUAUUUAAAAGUCCUGAACACGACAUAUUUUAAGGACGUCAACGCUGAAUUCGUGGACCUUGAACUCGAACAAUGUGAAGGGUUAAACUUCGGCAGUAGGGAAUAUUGGCGGUGCUACGUAGAAUGUACGAUGUCGACCAUGUUCCACUACUCGGGCACGUGCGCCAUGGGGUCAGUGGUGGACGGCCACCUGCGCGUGCUCAAUGUGAGCCGGCUACGAGUCGGUGACACGAGUGUGAUGCCCGUCAUUACGAGUGGGAACACUAACGUUCCUGUGAUUAUGAUUGCGGAGAAACUCUCUCAUAUGAUAAAACAGUUACACAGUAAUUAG